UAACUCAUAUCGAGUAACGACCUGUUAUCAACAUGCCAGAGCCAGCAAAGCCUGCACCCAAGAAGGGAGCCAAGAAGUCCGUUGCCAAGCCGGCAGGUAAGGCCGGGAAGAAGCGCAGGCGGACUAGGAGGGAGAGCUAUGCCAUCUACGUUUACAAGGUCCUGAAGCAGGUCCACCCCGACACCGGCAUCUCCUCAAAGGCAAUGGGUAUCAUGAACUCCUUCGUGAACGACAUCUUCGAGCGUAUCGCCGGCGAGGCUUCCCGCCUGGCCCACUACAACAAGCGCCGCACCGUCUCCUCACGGGAAGUCCAGACCGCAGUGCGUCUGCUUCUGCCAGGUGAGCUGGCCAAGCACGCCGUGUCUGAGGGCACCAAGGCCGUGACCAAGUACACCAGUGCCAAGUAAACGGCUGCCUGCUGGCUGUUUUAACCAAAAGGCUCUUUUAAGAGCCACACACAUUUCCGACAAAAGUAAAACCAGAUGGUUGAUAA